AUGCCUCCAGACUCUGAAUCCUCAAGCCGAAGGUGGCUUCAAACAAAUCCUAAUAUCUCUCUCUUUCUCUUUGUCAUCUCUCUCUCCAGGGACCUGAGCGAGAAUCAGAUUCAGGCUAUUCCUCGUAAGGCUUUCCGAGGGAUCACCGCCGUCAAGAACCUGCAACUGGACAGCAACCACAUCAGCUGCAUCGAAGAUGGAGCCUUCCGAGCCCUGCGCGAUUUGGAGAUACUCACUCUCAACAACAACAACAUCACCCUCAUCCCGCUGUCAAGCUUCAACCACAUGCCCAAGCUGCGGACACUAGAGGAUUUGCUGCCUGACUCGAGCCCUCUUCCAGGCUCUGUGGUGACGCCGUGCCAGUUUUCAGAGCUGUGGUCUGUUUGUGCAGCAGACAUUGUCUUAGCUGAAGAUGCUGAGAUGGUUUUCUUACACAGAUGCCUGUGUCGCUACUCUGCAUUUGCACUGUCAGACCCAAACCACAAUUCAGUUUUCCUCCUGAUCUGUUAUUUUUCCAUCUUUUCCUCCUCCUCAGGUACUGCUCAGAAGGAGCCAAGGUCAUGCGCUCCCCAGGCCUCCAUCUGCCCCGCCGCCUGCACCUGCAACAGCAACAUCGUAGACUGCCGUAAAAAAGGCCUGAUGGAGAUUCCUGCCAACCUGCCUGAGGGAAUUGUAGAAAUCCGUCUGGAGCAGAACAUGAUCAAGGGCAUCCCAGCAGGAGCGUUUUCCACGUACAAGAAACUGAAGAGAAUAGACCUGAGCAAGAAUCAGAUAUCUGAGAUUGCGGAAGAUGCGUUUAGUGGCCUGCGCUCACUCACUUCACUGGUCCUGUAUGGAAAUAAAAUCGCAGAGAUCCCAAAGGGACUGUUUGAUGGCCUGGUCUCCCUGCAGCUGCUACUGUUGAAUGCCAACAAGAUCAACUGUCUCCGAGUGAACACUUUCAAAGACCUCCAGAACCUCAACCUGCUGUCCCUCUACGACAACAAGCUUCAGACCAUCAGCAAAGGCCUUUUCACUCCUCUGCGCACCAUCAAAACACUACACCUCGCUCAGAAUCCCUUCAUGUGUGACUGUCAUCUGAAGUGGCUGGCAGACUACCUGUUCGACAAUCCAAUUGAGACCAGCGGAGCUCGAUGCAGCCAUCCGCGGCGCCUUGCCAACAAACGCAUCAGUCAGGUCAAGGGCAAGAAGUUCCGCUGCACAGGUGCGGAGGAGUACCGCAGUCAUCUCAGCGGCGAGUGUUUCCAGGACCUGGUUUGUCCCGAGCGCUGUCGGUGUGAGGGAACAGUGGUGGACUGCUCCAACCUCAAACUCACCAAAACACCCCCUCACCUGCCGGAGCACACCACCGACCUACGGCUGAACGACAAUGAAAUCUCCGUCCUAGAGGCUACAGGGGCCUUCAAGAAGCUGCCAAACCUGCGCAAGAUAAACUUAAGUAAUAAUAAACUCCGGGACAUCCGUGAGGGGGCGUUUGAUGGGGCCGGAGGUGUUUUGGAGCUGCUGUUGACCGGAAACAAGUUGCAGUCAGUCAGCGGACGGAUGUUCAAGGGUUUGAGCGGCCUCAAAACGCUGAUGCUGAGGAGUAAUCAGAUCAGCUGUGUGGAUAACGCCACCUUCACCGGCCUGAGCUCCGUUCGCCUGCUUUCCCUCUACGAUAACCGGAUCUCCACUAUCGCCCCGGGAGCUUUCAACACCCUGCAUUCCCUCUCCACCAUUAACCUGCUGUCUAAUCCCUACGUGUGUGACUGUCACUUAGCCUGGCUGGGACUGUGGCUUAAGAAGACCAGGGUGGUUAGUGGCAACCCACGCUGCCAGAAACCUGCCUUCCUGAAGGAGAUCCCCAUACAAGAUGUAGCCAUGCCUGAUUUCUCCUGCGACGGUACGGAAGAGAAUGUCUGUCUGCCGUCGGCCCCUCGCUGUCCCGAUUCUUGCUCAUGCUCGGACACAGUGGUGCGCUGUAGUAACCGGGGGCUGCGUUCGCUGCCUAAGGGUAUCCCUAAAGAUACAACUGAAGUAUACUUGGAAGGAAAUCUCCUUACCUCCGUGCCCAAAGAGCUUGCUAGUCUGAAACAACUGACACUGCUGGCAAUUCAGCCUUUUACAGAUAGCAUCUUAAAGAGCUUGGAUGAAAGCAGCUCGGGAGGAGGCUACAAGUAUUGCUUGCAGGAAAUGUGGAGUACGGAAGAGAAUGUCUGUCUGCCGUCGGCCCCUCGCUGUCCCGAUUCUUGCUCAUGCUCGGACACAGUGGUGCGCUGUAGUAACCGGGGGCUGCGUUCGCUGCCUAAGGGUAUCCCUAAAGAUACAACUGAAGUAUACUUGGAAGGAAAUCUCCUUACCUCCGUGCCCAAAGAGCUUGCUAGUCUGAAACAACUGACACUGCUAGACCUCAGUAAUAACAGCAUCAGUCUUCUUGCCCCUCUCACCUUCAGCAACAUGACGCAGCUUGCCACCCUUAUCCUGAGCUAUAAUCAAAUUCGCUGUGUCCCGGUUCAUGCAUUUGAUGGCUUGCGUUCUCUCCGCCUGCUAACCCUCCACGGAAAUGACCUUUCAACUAUUCCUGAGGGAGCCUUCAGCCACUUGACAUCUCUGUCUCAUCUGGCUCUGGGUGCAAACCCCCUGUACUGUGACUGCGAGCUGCGCUGGUUGUCUCAGUGGGUGAAGGCUGGGUUUAAAGAGCCUGGCAUCGCCCGCUGCACUGGACCACCCGGCAUGGCAGACCGCCUGCUGCUUACCACCCCUCUCAGUCAAUUCCAGUGCAAGGGUCCAGCAGAUUUGAAUCUGAUGUCCAAGUGCGCCCCCUGUCGGGCGAGUCCCUGUCAGAACAAUGGCACAUGUGUGAGUGAUGUCAUGGGCUCCUACCACUGCACCUGCCCCUUUGGCUACAAGGGUCGUAACUGUGAGAUCCCCAUUAACGCCUGCAUCAGCCUGCCGUGUGUUAAUGGAGGCACGUGCCACCUCACACCUGGACUGGACGGGCACUACAGCUGUGUGUGUCCGCCUGGGUACGAGGGCCAACAGUGUGAGCUGAAUCCUGAUGACUGUGAAGACAACGACUGUGAGAAUAACUCCACCUGUGUGGACGGCAUCAACAACUACACCUGCAUCUGCCCUCCGAACUACAGAGGGGAUCUGUGUGAGGAGGUGAUUGACCCCUGUCUGCCCGGGUUUGACCUCUGCCAACACGACUCCAAGUGUGUUCUCCUCAGUAAGGGCUACAGGUGUGAAUGUUUGCCGGGGUAUGUUGGCCAGCACUGUGAGCAGGAUUACAAUGACUGUCUGGAGAACAAAUGCCAGCAUGGAGCAGAGUGUAAUGAUGCCAUCAAUGGAUACACGUGUGUGUGCAAGGAGGGGUUCAGUGGGCUGUUCUGUGAGACACCUCCACCAAUGAUAUUACUCCAGAAGACGAGUCCAUGUGAUCAGUCUUACUGUCAGAAUGGAGCGCAGUGUCUGGUCGUGGAGGGAGAGCCUGUGUGCCGGUGUCCACCUGGCUCCAAGUGUCAUAAGAUGGUCACAGUGCACUUCCUCGGCAAAGAUACCUAUCUGGAGCUCUCAGGCGCCAAGAUCCGACCACCCAUGCACAUAUCCCUCCAGGUAGCCACAGAUAAGGACAAUGGCAUUCUGUUUUAUAAGGAGGACCAUGACCCACUUGCCCUAGAGCUGUACCAGGGACACAUACGUUUGAUCUAUGAUGUUGCCAAGUACCCCCCAACCACAGUGUACAGUGUGGAGUCAGUGAAUGAUGGUCUUUUCCACACGGUGGAGGUGUUGAUCCAGAAUCAGACCCUAAGUUUGGUGGUGGAUAAAGGGGCACCGAAAAGCUUGGGCAAACUCCCCCGCCCUCCUGCUGUGGACCACAACACACAGCUCUACAUAGGCGGUGUGCCCUCUCUGAUUGACACAGCAGGCCUGCGACCGGGUCCAGACCGUCCACUCCAGUCCUUUAAUGGCUGUAUUCAUGACGUACGGCUCAACGGGGAACUCCAAGACCUCGGCAGUGGAGUGGCAGGGGUAGAGGGCAUUCUGCCGGGCUGUCACUCCUGCAGUGUUUGUGCUCACGGGGCCUGCAGACAGAGAGGAGAGGCAGGCGUGACCUGCGAGUGUCCCACCGGCCACAGCGGCCCACUGUGUGAAGAGACCACCUCCCAGAACCCCUGUCAGAACAGCAGGUGUGUGCAUGGUGUGUGUGUGCUGAAGGGCUCCUCGUACAGCUGCUCAUGUGCAGAUGGAUACUCUGGCCAGUUUUGUGACAGGCGGCAAGAGUCUGCCGUCUGCAAGGGGCUGCACUGCAUACACGGAGAGUGCAGGGUGACGGAGAGCGGAGAGACGUUUUGCCACUGCCAGCCUGGAUACAGUGGGCCGACCUGUGAAAUAGAGCCGACGUGCCAAGGAGAGAUGGUCCGUGAGCUGCUCAAGCGUAAUAUGGGUCAUAAAAACUGUACCUCCACCAAUAAAAUCGCUCGGUGUCCAAGCACCUGCCGCUCGAGCCUGUGCUGCGCUCCCACCAAGAGCCGGAGACGGAAGGUCAGCUUCAAGUGCUCCGACGGAUCCUCCUUUUCUGAGGAGAUGGAGACCACCGUGGAGUGCAGCUGCACAAAGUGCAUAUUGUAAUAUUAACAAACCUCCCAAACCUGGAGAAGAAGAUGGAGCGGAAAAGAAAAUAUAUUGUAAAAUAAACAAAACACAAAUAGAACUUAUUUUUAUUAAG